AUGGGCGGAGGAGCCCCGCGCCUGCACCGGCGGCUGCUGCUGCUGCUGGGGCUGUGCUGCUGGACGGCCGCGCUGCGAGGAAAUGAGAACAGCGAGGCCUUGCCCGACUCCAUCCCCUCGGCCCCGGGGACCCUGCCCCAUUUCCUGGAGGAGCCGGACGAUUCCUACAUCAUCAAGAGCAACCCCAUCGUGCUGCGCUGCAGGGCCGUGCCCGCCAUGCAGAUCUUCUUCAAGUGCAACGGGGAGUGGGUGCACCAGAACGAGCACGUGUCCCGCGAGAGCCUGGACGAGGCCACGGGGCUGAAGGUGCGGGAGGUUUCCAUCAACGUGACGAGGCAGCAGGUGGAGGACUUCCACGGCCCCGAGGAUUACUGGUGCCAGUGCGUGGCCUGGAGCCACCUGGGCACCUCCAAGAGCAGGAAGGCGUCCGUGCGCAUCGCUUAUCUACGGAAGAACUUCGAGCAAGACCCCCAGGGCAAGGAGGUUCCCAUCGAGGGGAUGAUUGUCCUGCACUGCCGGCCCCCCGAGGGCGUCCCCGCGGCCGAGGUGGAGUGGCUGAAGAACGAGGAGCCCAUCGAUUCCAACCUGGACGAGAACAUCGACACCAGGGCCGACCACAACCUCAUCAUCCGCCAGGCGCGCCUGUCCGACUCGGGCAACUACACCUGCAUGGCUGCCAACAUCGUGGCCAAGAGGAGGAGCCUGUCAGCCACCGUGGUGGUCUAUGUGAACGGGGGCUGGUCCUCGUGGACGGAGUGGUCCAGCUGCAACGCGCGCUGCGGCCGGGGCUGGCAGAAACGCUCGCGCACCUGCACCAACCCCGCGCCCCUCAACGGGGGAGCCUUCUGCGAGGGCAUGUCCGUGCAGAAAAUCACCUGCACCUCCCUCUGCCCCGUGGACGGGAGCUGGGAGGUGUGGAGCGAGUGGUCGGUGUGCAGCCCCGAGUGCGAGCACCUGCGCGUGCGGGAGUGCGCCGCGCCCGCCCCGCGCAACGGGGGCAAGCCCUGCGAGGGCCUGAGCCAGGAGUCCGAGAACUGCACCGAGGGGCUCUGCAUCCAAGAUAAAAAACCUCUUCAUGAAAUAAAAUCCCAAAACGUGGAGCGCGGCGGGGACAUCGCGCUGUACUCGGGGCUGGCGGCGGCGGUGCUGGCGGUGGCCGUGCUGGCGCUGGGGGUGACCCUGUACCGGCGCAGUCAGAGUGAGUACGGCGUGGAUGUCAUUGAUUCCUCUGCACUCACGGGAGGCUUCCAGACUUUUAAUUUUAAAACAGUCAGACAAGGUAACUCCCUGCUCCUGAACUCGUCCCUGCAGCCCGAGCUGACGGUCAGCAGGACCUACAGCGGCCCCAUCUGCCUGCAGGACCCCCUGGACAAGGAGCUGAUGACCGAGUCCUCGCUGUUCAACCCCCUGGCCGACAUCAAGGUCAAGGUGCAGAGCUCCUUCAUGGUGUCCCUGGGCGUCACCGAGAGGGCCGAGUACCACGGCAAGGCCCACCCCGGCACCUUCCCCCACGGCAGCCCCCGGCCCUUCGGGACCCUCCAGGCCAGGAACAAGGCCAUGUUCAUCCAGAACCUGGCCUCCAUCUCCAGCAGCAGCGAGCUCAGGAGCUCGGCCCUCUUCGGGCACCUGGGGGGCCGCCUGGUGGUCCCCAACACAGGGGUCAGUCUGUUGAUUCCACACGGGGCUAUUCCUGAGGAGAGCUCCUGGGAAAUCUACCUGGCCAUCACCCAGAAGGAGUCCAGCCUGGAGCCGGAGGGCCCCGAGGUGCUGCUGGGGCCCGAGGUGAGCUGCGGGCCCCCCGAGCUGGCCGUGAGCACCCCGUGUGCCCUGAGCAUCCCGCACUGCGCCCACGCCGACCCCCAGCACUGGAGCAUCCGCCUCAAAAGGAGGACGCAGCAGGGCAAGUGGGAGGAAGUGAUGUCUGUGGAAGAGGAAACUACUUCUUGCUACUGCCUGUUGGAUCCUUAUGCCUGUCACAUUCUCUUAAACAGCUUUGGAACUUAUGCCCUAAUUGGGGAACCCAUCUCAGACUGCGCCGUUCGACAGCUGAAAGUCGCCGUUUUUGGCUGCCUGUCUUGCAACUCUCUGGAUUACAAUCUGAGGGUUUAUUGUGUGGAUAACACCCCUUGUGCAUUCCAGGAAGUGGUUUCAGAUGAAAGACUCCAAGGUGGGCAAUUGCUGGAGGAGCCCAAACUUUUGCAUUUUAAAGGCAACACCUGCAGCCUGCAGAUCUCAGUGCUGGACGUCCCUCCCUUCCUGUGGAGAAUCAAACCCUUCACUGCCUGUCAGGAGGUGCCGUUCUCCCGCGUGUGGCGCGGCAGCCCCCGGCCCCUGCUCGGCGCCUUCUCCCUGGAGCGCUUCAGCCCCGCCACCACCCAGCUGUGCUGCACCGUGUGCGUCAGGCAGCUGCAGGGCCACGAGCAGCUGCUGCACGUCCAGACCUCCGUCCUCGAGACUGAGAGAGAAAACAUCACCUUCUUUGGCCACGAGGACAGCGCCUUCCCCGCCCAGCUGGGCCCCAAGGCCUUCAAGAUCCCGCGCUCCAUCCGGCAGCGCAUCUGCGCCACCUUCGACGCGCCCAGCGCCAAGGGCAAGGACUGGCAGAUGCUGGCCCAGAAGAACAGCAUCAGCAGGAACCUCUCCUUCUUCGCCACCCAGAGCAGCCCCUCCGCCGUCAUCCUGGACCUGUGGGAGGCGCGGCACCAGCACGACGGCGACCUGGACUCGCUGGCCUGUGCCCUGGAGGAGAUUGGCAGGACACACUCCAAGCUCUCAGAGGUGGCAGAGCCCGAGCUGGAGGAGCCCGAGUUCCCCUGCAGCAGGAAGGGCCUUUAGUCCCUCUGCCCCGCCGGGACGCGCGGCCAGCCCGGCCCUGAGCCCGGGCCGGGGGGACAGGAGGGUUUGUGGGGAUGGGACCCACCCCACAUCCGUGGCAGCGGGAGGAGCAGAAGCAGCCCUGCUAAAAAAACCCUCCGGUGAUGAGGAAAAACGAGCUUCUCCCUGUCCUCCUCCACUUAAAAUCCACCUUUUGGUGCCCCAAACAAACCUGCACUUGUGUCGGUCCCGGGGCAGGAGGGAGAGAGACACAGAGCCAUAAGAGGUAAAUGUUAUUUGUGUUUAGGAACAGUCAUGUUCGUGUACUGCCUAGUGAAAAUCAACAAAUAAUGUUGGAUAUUUUGAGCCACUGGAGGUUGGUCCUGGUUAAAAGGUUUCUCGCUUCGAGAGUGGUUUAAAAUCCCAUCACGUUGUCACUUUAUGUCUGCUACAGGAAAACUGAAAAUUUGGCCUUAUCCUGUUCAGAUGCUUGAGGAAUUAGAAGAACUCAUCAUUAUUUCAUAUCAUGUGUAUUCCAAAUAAUUUGUUUUAAAAAUUCAGCCCCUUAAUGAAUGUACAUUUGCUGCAGAGCUUUGCUGCCUGCUCUGUUACCAAAAUUCCAGAACAAACCCCUUCUCUCUGAGACUGGGGGGUGUGCACACGCCAGAGGAAUUUUCUAAUUUUCUACGUCUGCAAACUUUCUUAGUCAAAAAAACCUGUCUUUGGGGGUGGAUUUAAAUAACCAAAUAACACACGGGAAAUUUCCAGCCCUAUUUUAGCACGUUGAGACAUUUAUUUUUAUUACUUCAUGCUCUGUGCCUGAGCUGAAGGUGAAGGCAAUCAGCACAGCUUCAUUUUGGUUUGGUUUGGUUUCAGACUGAGACCACAAACCCCACACGGCACUGCCAGCACUGGCCUUGAUUUCGUUGCACAUUUUGGGAAUUUCACCGGGUGCAGAGCUGGCUGUGUUACCUUGGUUUAGCUACAAAUUGCAUUUACCCCCAAAAUCAGAAUCUAAGCGGAGAAUUCGCCUCGUUUUUUACCCGUUCCAUACAAAUAUGAUUUAUGACUUCAACCAAACCAAAAAAGAGCUGUCACUGUGAGCAAGGGCCUGGCGGAGCUGGUACCGAGCCAAAUGUCAGCAUUAUUUUGACCAUUCCUUUCACUCACAUCCUUCACCCUAGCCGAGGUGCUCCUCGGCCCGUGGGGCUGCCGGGGCACAGUCAGGAGAAACAGGAACAGAAAUGAGGCUUUGGGAGCGUAGUGGAAAUGCAGGAAACCCAAACUAAGGACUUGGGGGGCUGUUUUAGCCUCGUGUUUGGCUGAGAGCAGCCCCCAGGGCAGGUCCAGUCUGGAACUACUCCUUCACUCGGGACUGCAGUGUGAAAAUCUGAACAACAGCAACAACGAGAUCAACAACAGCAGCAACAGCUCUGCCCUUGCUCCUGCUGCUCUGAAAUCACGAAUGUCGCUGCCUGCCCAGCUCAGGAAUAGGCUGAGACUUGGAAAUCCCGAGUCUUGGGAAUCCUGAGAGCUGUGCAAACCUUGCCUGCAGCUCAGCAUCUCCUGCAGCCCGGCAGGAGGCUCCUGGCGCAGGUUUAGGGGCAGACAGAAAUACCGGCUGCAAGCUGUCACUGCUUUCAGCAGCACACGCUCCUCCAGUUCUAUCUCCAGUGACUGCCAGUCCUCCUCCUCAGAAACCUGUUCUUCGCUGGACAAAAUGUCAGGAAUCAGAAAAAACAAAACAAGGAGAGGCACCCGGGGAACGAGCGCAGCGAGCUGCCGUUGUCGGGGAAACCAGCCCGCUCUGCCUGCAGCAGGGAGUUCGUUCUCUGCUCCCGGAGCAGGCUGCCUUUGUGUCCCCCGGGGCAUUCCUGGGAGCUGCAUCCUCCUGCUCUGCUGUCCCAACCCACGGGAGGUGUCCCGACACCCCAAAGGAGCCGCAGGAGCUGCGUGGGCUCAGCCCCUGCUGCCUUUCCUCAGGGAACAGCCGGGUUCUGCGCAGCCCUGGCAGCUCUGCAGACCCCGCCAGGGCAGGACACCCCGCUCACAGGGACCCCAGCCCGGCCCCAGAAUCCCAGAUCCACCCACAGUCCCACGGAGGUCGUGUCCUGGAAGGGAAUACAUGUCCAAAGUGGACGAUUCCAGAGGGAAGCUGUUCCCCCGUGCCCGGGGCAGGGCUCAGUUGGGUGUUGCCCUUUAGGUUUUGGUCCCUGGUUUUUCUUCCCUUUGGCUAAAUCAGGUUGCUUUGCUGCUGAUCUCACUCUUUGGGAACCUGAAUCAACAACUCCCGAGUUUUCCUUCCUAUUCCUGACUGCUUUGAUGCUCUUGUGUUCUUCAAAUGAACCAGAAAUGCCCCAAAUAUUUAUUUCCUUCCUCCCUUUCUCCUAAAAAGACCUUUUGGAAAUCUCUGCACAUAUUCAGAUGAUUUGACCCAAAACACAGAUGUGGAGGAGCACCUGGAAAAGGAUUAGAGGCCAGAAAUUAAAAAUUCAUUCCUUUCUUCUGUUGUAUAAAUUAUGAUAAUUGAAAAAGAAUUUUCUUGAACCGGAAAGCAAAAGAAAGAGGAAUGUGAAUUUCCCCCCUGUAGAUUCCACGUGGCUGCCCUGGCUCUAUGCAGGGGAAAGAGCCAUUCUGAUUUUACAUCACCAAAGAAUCUGCUUUAAUAGAUUUCCAUCUUCCUGAGCACUUUGCCCAGGUAUUUCUGUGCCAUGACUCAUUGCAGACUAAUGGCUGCAUUUUAAAAAUGACUCCCAGCUCCGCCAGCACCAUAAAGCUCAUUUCCAUCUCGUACCGCCCUGCACUCCCACAGAAAUUUUAUUGGGAUUUUUGUAAUAGAUGAAGAGAUAUCAACACAAUCCUCUUACAAUCCAGCGAACUGCUUUUGUCAUUGUUUUUAUCUCUGGCCACAGCUGCCCUCCCCCUCUCUGGCCUGGGCUCUGCUGGCUUCCAGAGAAUCUUAUUCAGCAUAAAUCACUAAAAAGGGAUCUUGCAGGGUCCAGGAUAUUCACAUCACACUGCGACUCCAUUCUUCUUUCCCACCUGCGAGGCAGUGCUGUGUGAGUUUUAAAGCAUUCAAUAACUGAUCAAUUCCAAUUUUCCACAAAAGAGAGGCACAGCUCAGGUCCACGAUGUGUUUAACAAGGGAGGGACCGGGCUGGGCUUCUGGUCACCACCUGAAUCUUCAUUUUCAGGCUGUUCCUGCCUGUAAAACACAGACCGCAGCAAAGAGCUGUGUCCGUUCUUGGCUGGUAAUUAACUGAGAGGAAAACAGGAAACGAGAUUUGAAAUCCUUGACGACCCUGGAUGAUCUCCAGGGUUUUUCCUCUCUGGCCUUUCCUUGGCUGAUGCCCCCAGGGAGUUCUCUCUCACCUGAGGCACAUCAGGAGAGGCUGAACAUCCCUCACCCAGAGCCUGCCCAUGCUACAUUUCCCAGAUUUGGGUGAAAUUGGUGAAAUUCCUCCCUGGACACUGCUCCUGCUCCAGCAGGGGUUGGAGGGUGCACAGACUUCCCUGCCCAGCCCCAGGAUUUGGGUGGAAUUGCUGAAAUUCCUCCCUGGACACUGAUCCCUCUCCAGCAGGGGUUGGGAAGUGCACAGACCUCCCUGCCCAGCCCCAGGAUUUGGGUGGAAUUGGUGAAAUUCCUCCCUGGACACUGCUCCUGCUCCAGCAGGGGUUGGGGGGUGCACAGACCUCCCUGCCCAGCCCCGGAUUUGGGUGGAACUGGGGAAGUUUGGGGUGCCCUGCACCCAGCCUGGCAGGGCAGGAGGGGAAGGUUUGGGGGUUCCUCCCUUGGCUCUGGCAGAGUGGCACAUCCAGCCCCUGCCAAACCCACGCUGGAACUGGGAAUAUUGAUCCAUGGCUGGGGGAACUCCUCAAGGAAUUCCUUCAGGUGUCCCUUGCUCGGGCACUGGAGGGGGAGGGAGGAAACCCCAAACCCCAGCCCCAAAUUUUUAGGUGAAGCUGUGAUUUUUCCAUCCUUUCCCCUCUCAGCCCCAACCCCAGGCCCCGCAGGGCUCCUGAGUGCCUGUCCCAGCUGGGCAGGGCACACACAAACCUGGCUCACAGACACAGCUUUGGGAACAGCAAACUCCACCUCCACCAAUCCUCCACCUCCCCGUCCCGCUGUGGCCCCAUCCCAGCUGAUGAACGGCUACAAAAACGUGAAGUGUGCUCCUCCUGUCCAUUUGGAGAAGAUAAAAUGUGGUGCUGGUCAGUCUGGUGAGACUCUGAGCCGUGUCAGACAAGAGACUACAAAAUUCCCAUUGCGUUUUCAACUCCCACAACUUUGGACCAGCUCUUAGGUGAAAAGGGGAGGAGGAACUUCAACCCAGUCCAACACAAAAUAGAAAUAAUUCCUAAAAAGAGGAAAAAAACCCAAAAAACCCACAAGUAUUCCUCUAGAGAGAGCUGUUUUCUCUUCUGCUCCUUUCUCUGUGCAACGAAUGGGUUGUGGAAAGGUCUGUUCUCUGCCCGAGCAUCCCUCCCUGCCCCGGGCUCGGCGUGUUUGGGGUGAAGGAGGGCAGAGCUCCGAGCCCUUCUGAGGAUGGAGCUGAAGCAGCGGGGAAGGGAGACAGAACGUGGAAUCAAAAGCAUGGCCUUGGCUUCAUACCACACUUUCUGUGCCUUGUUCUAUCGAUGUAAAUUCUGAAUGUUGUACAGUGAAAAUACUUGGGAAAGACUCCUUGGGAAAGGCUGCACUGGCUUCUUUUUUCAGCACAUGUACAUAUAUAAAUAUCUAUACAUAUAUAUAUAUAUAUAUAUAUUUGGUAAUGCCAGGCAGCUGUGCUCUAUUGUCCUGGAGAAGUCCGAGUGGACACUUUGGGUGUUUUCUGUCGAGUUCCGGAGCUGUGAGGCCCCGUUGGCGAGAGGUGUACAGGUGGGAAUGAUGGAUAGCAGCUAUUUAUGAAUAAAGAGUCUUUUACUGA